AUGAUAGUAACGGUAGGUGAGUACGCCCUCGAAAUAGCUGUUUGUUAUUCAGAAAAACCGGCAGGAGGAGCGUGGUGGGAAGGAGAUGAGCCUCGGGAAAGUCAUCAAUUCCAGGGCGAUAAAAUUCUUCUCCAUCGGAAAUCCGAGAAAGGUAAGGAAGUGUGGCUAAAGAUUUGGCGUGUUAGGCAAUUCCACAUUAUUUUCCCGGCAGACUAACCUAUAUUUUGCAUGCCUAUAGAGGGUGCAUGCUAACGACCGACAAGCGUUUUGCAAACGUAGUCGAGAUAUUGACGGCUUUUGGCCGAGAUAAGUGAACCAUUUCCAGGCACAGAGUAGAUGACUUUUAGUCAUGCGUAGCUCUUCGAAAAAAGGCAUUUUUCAAGUAAUACAUGCGCUCCAACCAGCAGAAGAACGUCAGAUCUUCGUGGCUUUCAUAAUAAGACACACUAAUUUUUAUGCAGCAUAUAGCAUCAAAAAUCUCAGUUUUUCCUUUGCAACAGUUUAGAUUUUCCAACAAACUUUUUUCAGAGCUUGAAAUUGGUGACUGAACAAAUCGACACAAGCCUGAAGUCGGGCGAAAUUCUCACACGAUGGAUAGCCAGUCCAGUUCAUCCGGCCGAUAUCAACAUUGCCAACGGGGUCUACUUCUACAAACGAGAGCCACCAUCUUGCCUGGGAAUCGACGCUUUUGGCAUUGUGGAGAAAGUAGGUCAUGGUGACUACAUAUAUUAAAUACUAUAUGUAUUAUAAUCUUUAUGAUGGAAAUUUAACCUUUUCAAUUCAAAUACUCAAAUUUGCAGGUCGCGACGGACGUGAAAUACGUGCAGCCAAGCGACCACAUCAUACCGAUUGUUCCGCAAACUCAAGGUGGAUUCUGGAGGGAAUUCCAAGUCCUCAAAGCCGAUGAAGUCUUCAAAAUCAAAAAGGAGCUUCCACUAGAGGCAAAAGUAAUCCUAGCGGCGAACGCGACAAGCGCUUAUCUCGUCCUAACACAGUUUGUUAAGCUGGAAAAAGGCGAUUAUGUGCUGCAAAACGCGGCCAAUUCACAAUUUGGGAGGAUGGUGACGCAGACGGCCAAAGGUAGGUCAGAUACUCUCGAUUUCUCAGCUUCAGCACCUUUUCAGCACUCGGUUUCAAAAGCAUCAACGUCAUGCGGGAACGCGCCGAUUAUGACGCCGUAAAAGACGAUCUCUUGAAGCACGGUGCGGACUACGUUUUUACGGAAGAGGAGUUCAAAAAGACGGGCAGAGACUUUGUCAAAUCGCUGGAUCGACCGCUAAAAUUGUCGAUAAAUGGGGUCGGCGGGAAGUGUUCGAUUUUAAUGUCGGCCAACUUGACCAAAUUUGGAACAAUGGUGGUCUACGGGGGGAUGAGUCUGAAGCCGCAUGAGGUUUUGACUUCUUCGCUUGUUUUUAACAGCAUCAGAGUGAUUGGAUUUCUGCUGUAUGACUUCAUCAACCAGGAGAAUGUGGAGUUCACAAGGAAGAUUUACGGAGAAGUUCAGGUAAGGGCAAAGGUGUAAAGUAUCAAUGAAAUGUGAUAAUUUGUUUUGUUUUAACCAGCAUACGAUCUGUUGUAAAUCAUAUAUCAAACUGAUCUGUAAGUCUCCUAUUUUCCACGAUUUUAAUAAAGCAAAUGACACUGUCUGCUGCCAUACAUACAAUGACUAUUGCAUAUCAUACAAUUAGAGAAGAUAAACUAUAAUAUCGAUGUUUUCAGGACCUCUUCCUCAGCGGAAAGAUCUCUGCCCCUCCAAUGGACAAAGUGCAAUUCGAAGACUUUAUGGUAGCCAUUGAAAGGACAUUGGCCGGAGGGCAAAGGAAACAGCUUCUAAUGAUUGGAAAAGAAGACCGCCCACAGCUCUAA